AUGCUGCUCAACUGGUGGGAGCACACGCGGCGGUGCGGGAUACAGAACGUGCUGGUCGGGGCGCUGGACGACUAUACCAUGAACGUAGGGGCGCAGAGUGGGGGGAAGGGGCGCGGAGUGGGGGGGAGGGGGCGCGGAGUGGGGGGAGGGGGCGAGGAGUGGGGGGAAGGGGCGCGGAGUGGAGGGAUGGGGAUGCACUUUAGGUUAACCCAACAUCACCGCAUCCCAUCCAUCCGUCUGCACGGGGUGCUCCCUCCAGGAAACUUCCGGAGCAACGCCACGGCUUUUCAGGGCAUGGGCAUGUUAAAGACGGCUUUUGUCUUGGCAGUAUUAGAAGCUGGGUCGGACGUGCUACUAAGUGACACUGACGUGGUUUGGUUGAGAGAUCCCCACGCGUACUUUUACGAGAAUGCUGACGUGGCGCAUGCUGACGUGUUCGUGACGUCCGAUUCGCUCUCGCACAGCAAUGACGUGGCGAGCCAGCAGCGCAGCCCCAGUGUGAUGGUCGGCACGGACGCGCAGGGCUGGUUUCGCAACGCCACUCCUCGGGCAACCGAAAUUUUUGGCAACGCGUACGAGCACGCACUCAACACCGGGAUUCUUUUCUUCCGGGCAUCCCCCGAUUCUGUCGCGCUAGCGCUGACGUGGCACCACGCCAUGCGGACUCGAGGGCGCAGCGAGGGGUGGGAGAAGAUAUGGGGAGACCAGCAUGCGUUCAAUAUGCUGCUCCGAUACAAGAUGUUUCCCAUACAGGUCGUCUCCUCCCCCACCACGGGUCGCCCCAUCAGCAACCGGGUGUUCUGGGCCUUCUCCCGUCGCCUCAAGCUCGCGCUGCUGCCCCUCGUGCUCUUCUGCAACGGCCACGUCUUCUUCGAGCAGCAGAUGCCCAGGCGAAUCGGGGUCACCCCCUACGCAGUGCACAGCACGUUCCAGUUCCACUAUGGCGCCGGGAAGAUCGGGCGGUUCAGGGAAGCGGGGCUGUGGGCUCUCGACCCCCCCGAGUUCUACACCCGAGGAAACUUCCUCUCGUUCGACGUGAAGCUUCCUGCAUGGAUCGAGGCCAUGCCCACAGGCAUAGACAAGCACCAGGCAACCAUCGAGUACGCUUAUGCUGUAACCCGUAAAGCCCUCGCCAUUGCUCGGCUACUUAACCGCUUCCUCAUCCUGCCUCACGUCACUUGCUACUGCGACCGGUGGUGGGACAGCCUGUGGGAGCCGUGCAGGGCACCUGGCGGAGACAUAGACCCUCCAUUCACCUGCCCAAUCGACCUCUUCAUAAAUCCCAUGGCUUGGGGGUCGGAUCCAACUACCAUGGUCUAUCGCCCAGCCUCCUUCCUCUCUUUACCGCAAGUCCCCAACGAGAUUCGCCUGUCAAAAGCUGUCGUGGGAGUUCGGUACGGGUCCGUUUCGGGUGAGGAGGCUUCCUCGCGCGUUCCUGCAGCUGGUGAGGAGCUUUUUGCGAAGCUUCCUUCGGACCGGUUACUCCGUUCAGAGGGAGAAGGGGUGCAGAAACAUGGAGAAUCGGUACCAGGGUAUUCACUAGAAGGCGGGAACAGGAGGGUAGAUUUUAGGAACAGGGGAAGUGUGCAGGAUGACAGGAGAGAAUUGGGGAAGGAGGAGGGCAGGAGAAUAGGAGGAGAGCAGGAGGAGAGGGGAAGCAGGAGCGAGGGCAGGGAGAAAGAGCGGGUGUUUUUACCUGCCAAUGCAACGGAUGGAGAGGUGCAGAGGAGUUUGGGAGGGUUGGACUCGGUGAGAGUGCUUCAUCUGGCCGAUGCUGCUCACUCCUUCUGCCGGAAGAACGAGGGCUUGUUUGUGAGAGUGGGGGAGAGAGUGAGGGAGAGGAAGGGGGAGACGGGAGGAGGGGGGCAGGAGGAGGGGCAGGGAAGGAGGGAUGUUGGGAGUUGA